AUGUCAGGCCUCGAAGUGAUCGGUGCCAUCUCCGCGGUUAUUAACAUCAUCGACGCCUCGAUCAAGAUCUACGAGAGCGCUCAAAUGGACUUGAAGUUAUCCCAGACGUUUGAGGCCGUUGGACGCCGCCUCCCCAUAAUAACCCACAUCCUUCGGACGUGCAAAAAUGAUCUAGAAGUGGACAAAUACUCUAUGCCCACAGAAGUCUGCGCAGCCUUAGGAAGUAUUCUUGAUGCUUGCGAUGAAAAAGCACGAAGGCUGAGAGAGAUAUUCGAAAAGGUUGUACCUGGGGAGUCUCAUACGUGGAGGAAAAGAUACGCAAUGGUUGCUCGGAGGCUCGGCAAAGGUGGCAAGGUCGACGAGCUUAUAGCAUCAAUUACACAAGAUGUUCAACUUAUCGUCAACAAUCACGCAAUGAGCAAUGCCCGGUCGGAGGAAAACAUCCAGCUGGAAAAUAUCAUCAAAGAAAUGAAACUCAAAUCCUUCCAUCUUCAGAAGAAUUUUGGGAUUUGUCUAGGCCAAGCGCCCUAUAUCCCUGUGGGCUUUUUUGUUGGCCGCAAUUCUGAGCUUCAGAAAUUGGAAAAGAUUUUGAAACCCGGUGAUGAAUCUGGAAAACAACGGCGGCUCGUUUUGGGCGGUAUUGGUGGCAUCGGCAAGACACAGCUGGCCAUUGCGUACGCAGAACGCCACCGUGACAUCUAUGAAUCGGCUUUUUGGCUCAAUGCGGCAUCCGAAGCUACACUCAAAGAUAGUUUUCGCUCAACCUUCGAACUAGUCUUUGGCAACCAAGCACUUGAAGUGCUUGAGGGCAAGCAAAUGGUGAUUCGGUUACACCAGUGGCUAUCUGACGCGAAAAAUACACAAUGGCUAUUGAUUUUUGACAACUAUGAUGACCCAAGCCAGUUCAAUAUUGAGAAUUAUUAUCCUCCUGCUUCUCAUGGGACGAUUAUGGUCACCUCCCGACGCCCAGAUCUUGUCUCUGGAGAGAGUGUCCGUAUAAAUCCUCUACAGAAUAUGGAGGACAGCCUUACAAUCCUGCAGACCCGAUCCAAUCGAGAAAAUGUUCAAUCGGAUCCCAAUGCAAGGAGGAUAGUGGAACGGCUCGCAGGUCUCCCACUAGCUCUGGCUACGGCUGGGGCAUAUCUUCAACGAAGCCCCUUUACUUUCCAACGCUAUCUCCAAGAAUACGAAAAGCGCUGGAACCUUGACCCGCGCCGGUCACCUCAGCUUCAGGAAUAUCAAGAACGCACACUCUACACUACCUGGGAUCUCUCAUACAUCUCCCUAGAAAGGUCUGAUUUGGAUGCAGCGAAACUUCUCAAUCUCUUGGCCUACUUCGAUAACCAGAGAUUUUGGUACGACCUUUUCCAGGCUGGAAUCAAAACUGACUCUCCGCAGUGGCUGCGUGAAGCGGUUUCAGACGACAUAAACUUCAACGGCAUCAUGGGAGUACUGACGGAUUAUUGUUUUCUGGAUUCCCAAGCGUCGCGGGAAUCCUGGAGCAUGCAUAAUUGCGUGCAUGAUUGGGCACUAGCAAAGCUAAAUGAGGAUAUUAACGUACAGCAUUAUAUGUAUGCCUUUGACUGCGUUGCUGCUUGCAUCAAUGGGAUCAACGAGAACUUCCUUGGGUACGCCUCCCACGCUCAGCUGGCUGCACAUGCUGCACGUCUAGUACAUCCGCGUUUCUUUCAAAACCACGAAAUUUUAUUUGCGCCCGCUCAGCUUGGAGAAGCUUCGCGUAUCUCGCAUAUGCUGCUCGAACAAAUCCAAUUAAAAGCGGCUGAAUACAUGUUCAUGUGGACCUUGGCAGGAUACGAGAAAACGUUAGAAACAGACCAGGUGCCAGUCCUUCAAAUUUUUCACAGCCUCGAAAAGAUGUAUCUGCGAGCUCUGGCUGGAAGAGAAAAGGCGCUAGGUUCAGAUCACAUAUCAACACUCCGGACUGCCAACAAUCUUGGAAACCUAUAUCAUGUGCAAGAUAAGCUGGAUGAGGCCAAGCAGUUGUAUUUGCGGGCACUGGCUGGGACCGAGAAGGCUCUUGGAGCAGAUCACACAAUGACACUUGAGCCUGUGAAUGGCCUUGGGCUUUUAUUUGCCGGACAGGGUAGUUUUGAUGAAGCUGAGCAAAUGUUCAUGAGGGCACUAAGUGGGAAGGAGAAGGCACUUGGAGCAGAUCACACAUCAACCCUCAGCACUGUCAACAACCUCGGGAACUUGUAUGACAUUCAAGGCAAACUGAACCAGGCAGAGCAUAUGUAUAUGCGGGCGCUAGCAGGGAACGAGAAGAUGCUAGGAACAGAUCACACUACAACGCUGGGCAUUGCCAAUAAUCUUGGGAAUAUUUAUAAAGCCCAAGAAAAGCUCGAUAAGGCCGAAGAAAUGUAUACGCGAGCGCUAGCCGGAUUCGAGAAAGCACUUGGAAAAGAUCACACUACAACCCUUGACGCUGUCAAUAAUAUCGGAAACAUCUUCAAUGCUCAAGGAAGCCUGAAUAAGGCCGAGCAGAUGUAUAUUCGAGCGCUCACGGGGAACGAGAAAGCGCUAGGAGCAGACCAUACAUCAACUCUCGAUGUCGUAAUCAAUCUUGGAUCUCUCUGUUAUUCUCAAGGCCAGCUGAAUGAGGCUGAGAAGAUGUUUACGCGCGCACUUGCUAGAUAUCAGAAGACACUGGGUGCAGACCAUGUAUCGACUCUCAGCACUUUCAAAAACCUUGGAACCUUGUUUCAGGCUCAGGGCAAGCCAGAACAGGCGGAGGAUAUGUAUAUGCGGGCGUUGAGUGGAAGAGAAAGGAUUCUUGGGGGAGGCCACCUUUCAACUCUUAACAUUGUCAGUUGUCUCGCGGCUUUUUACGAAUCUCAAGGAGAGCUAGACAAGGCGAAGCAGAUGCAUGUGAGGGCAAGAAAUAUCAGUGAGAAGGAGGAGCCAAGUGCCGAUGGGAGUAGAUGA